AUGUGGCGAGACCGCACCAACCUCUACAUCUCCUAUCGCCAGUCCUACGCCCACCACCCCGCCAAGAAGACGAAAUACUCCGGCCCCAGCGGGAAUGGCUUCCCGGACUUCGGCCGCGGUGGCGCAUCCGCCUCCGAGGACCAGCAGGGCCUCCUGUCCGGCGCCGACUGGGACGAUGGCGAUGCCGUCAUCGAGAUGGACCUGCUGCCGCCGCGAUGGGCCGAUAUCUCGGACGAGGUGACCGACCUCCUCGCCGACGUGGCCCGCAAGUCGCAGGCCCUCGAACGCCUGCACCAGAAGCACGUGCUGCCCGGCUUCAACGACGACGAGGCCAAGAAGGCCGAGGAGAAGCAGAUCGAGGACCUGACCCAGGCCAUCACCAAGGGCUUUCAUGACUGCCACCGCUGCAUACAACGGGUCGAGCAGAUGGUCAAGGACGGCAACAUGACCAGGGCCGAGGAGACCAUGGCCCGGAACGUGCAGACCAGCCUCGCCACCCGGGUUCAGGAGGCAAGCGCUGGCUUUCGGAAGAAGCAGAGCGCAUAUCUCAAGAAGCUGCGCGGCAUGUCCGGGCUCGGAGGCGCAUCCCCCACAGACAGAGCGUCAACGCCCAUGGGAUCGAAUUACGCUGCAGACCCAGCACUCUUGGAAUCGGAUGCCGACAGGUCUUUCUCGCAGUCGGCCCUGCAGGCCACGACUCAUCAGAAACUACUCCACAGCAACGACGCCGCCAUCAUGCAGCGCGAGAGGGAGAUUGAAGACAUUGCGCAGGGCAUCAUUGAGCUCUCCGAUCUGUUCCGGGACCUACAGACCAUGGUCAUCGACCAAGGAACCAUGCUGGAUCGAAUAGACUACAACGUGGAGCGCAUGACCACAGAUCUCAAGGGCGCCGAGAAGGAGCUCGUGGUAGCUUCCGGAUACCAGAAGAAGACGACGAAACGAAAGAUCAUAUUGCUCCUGGUUCUGGUCAUUGUAGGCAUGAUCAUCCUGCUCGUAAUCAAGCCGAAAAAGAGCGGCGGCGGAGGGGGUGGAGAUCCAGGGGAAACCACGAGUGGAGCUGGAGUCGAAGCAUAA